AAGAAGAAGAGAGCAGAGAGCUGCUAUUUCGAACCUCAACUGACUCGCCAUUCGCCAACGUCCAAAAAGUCUUUAAAUGGUAUGGACCCCCAUUCAUUUCAACGUGUUCCAACCCGAUUGGGCCAACCUUUUUCCCAUUACAAAAAAUUCCCAGAUAUUUCUGCUAUCCUAUCAUUGUUCGUUUCUUUGUGCUUGCCAGUUGCCAGUUGCCAGUUGCCACUCCCAACAAAGCCCAAAGAAUGUCCUCCAAUGGGUUUUUGACAACCCGCUCUUCCGACGUCCUCUAUCUUCCUUUAUUUUCCUUGCCACCUUUUUACACCAAAUCUGAUCCAAUUCAGAACCACCGACCUCGUAAUCAUUGACCCCAGUCCCCUAGUUUUCUGAGAAAAAAGAAAUUCCCUUUUUUUCCUAUAUGCUAACACUAUCUUUAGCUUCCCAAAAUGUUCAUCGGCCUUACUUUACUCAUUUCUUACUGAAUUUUCUGGCCAUCUGAUACUUUUUUCCGGGUAAAUUCCAUAUUUACUCAUCUGGGUCAUGGCCAUUUUUACCAUAUCAAUGUUUCUUGGCCUAAUUUGAGGCAAUUUCACAGAAACUCAACAUCAUAUCCCCCUUUUUUUUGAGAUGGAAGGGCCGAGUGUUGUUCAACAACACUGCGAUCUCAAUUCCUCGAGAAAUAUUCUCUUCGAAAAGUACGAGAUGGGGAGGUUGUUAGGCCAAGGCACCUUUGCCAAGGUCUACUAUGGCAAGAACCUCAUCACCAACGAAAGCGUUGCCAUCAAGGUCAUAAACAAAGCCAACGUCAAGAAAGAAGGCCUAAUCGAGCAAAUCAAGCGCGAGAUCUCCGUCAUGCGCUUGGUUCGCCACCCAAAUGUAGUGGAGUUGAAGGAAGUCAUGGCCACCAAAGCAAAGAUAUUCUUCGUGAUGGAACAUGUCAGAGGGGGCGAAUUGUUCGCAAAAGUAGCAAAGGGAAAGCUCAAGGAGGACUUGGCAAGAAAGUAUUUCCAGCAGUUGGUGAGCGCGAUCGAUUUCUGUCACAGCCGCGGUGUUUCACACCGAGACUUGAAGCCCGAAAAUCUCCUUCUCGAUCAUAACGAGGACUUGAAAGUGUCCGAUUUCGGCUUGUCGGCGCUGCCGGAGCAGCUCUGGAAUGACGGGUUGCUCCACACGCAGUGUGGCACACCGGCGUAUGUGGCGCCGGAGGUCUUGAGGAAGAAGGGGUAUGAUGGAGCCAAGGCUGAUAUCUGGUCUUGUGGAGUAAUUCUCUUCGUUUUGCUUGCUGGGUAUCUUCCAUUUCAAGCCGAGAACCUCAUGAAAAUGUACAGGAAGGUUUUCAAGGCUGAAUUCGAGUUUCCUCCAUGGUUUUCCACCGAUGCAAAGCGGUUGGUAUCUGAGCUCCUCGUUUCCGACCCGGCAAAGAGAAUUUCAAUCCCGGAGAUAAUGCAAAAUCCUUGGUUUCAAAAGGGGUUUGCAAAGCCAAUUGCGUUCUCAAUCCAAGAACCGGUAGGAGAGAGCGAUGAGAAGGAUGAGAAGUCUUUGUCACCGCCUUUUUAUAACGCUUUUGAACUCAUUUCGUCGAUGUCGUCCGGGUUCGACUUGUCGAGCUUGUUUGAAUGUAAGAGGAAAUCGGGGUCCAUUUUCACGUCCAAGUGCUCGGCUUCGGUGAUUAUGACGAAGCUUGAGGCUGUGGCGAGUAGGCUGAAUUUCUGCGUGACGAGUGUAAAGAAAUUCAAGCUGAAAAUGCAGGGGAAAAUGGAUGGUAGGAAAGGAAAGUUGGCGGUGACGGCGGAGGUGUUCGAGGUGGCGCCUGAGGUGGCUGUUGUCGCGUUCUCCAAGUCCGCCGGGGACACCCUUGAGUACAAGAAGUUCUGUGAGGAGGACGUGAGGCCUGCGCUCAAAGACAUUGUUUGGAGUUGGCAGGGUGAGAGUAACUGUCAGUCUGUCACCACCAACUGUAACGGGGCAUGUUCUUAGUUUUAGAAAUCCUUAAUUAGUCUAAUUAGAGUUUGAUCCAAUUCUUUUGUUUUGAGAAUGUAAUGCAGUGUUUUGAAAUCUGUGUUGCAAAUAUUUUGAUGCAGUCUAAUUACUGUAUGUGUAUAUAUAUAUAUAUAUAGUGAAUGCAUGUGUGAUGGGUGAUUAGUGAAGGAUAUUAGGUAAGAGGAAUGAGAAUUUCAGAUUGAUUUUCUUGUACAAUACUUUUGAGAUUUGAAUGACUAGAAAAGUUCUGUUGUUGGUA